AUGUCUUCCAAUUUUCCAACUAAAAUGUCAUGCACUGAAGCUUUUGAUAGGCUAACCGAAUGCUACAGCAUUGGAGGCCUAGUGCGUCACUACUAUAGAUUUGGAGAAUACAACAAGUGUGCAAAACAUAUGGAUAAACUAAUGUUCUGCAUUUGGAAUAGUACUGAUCCAGUUAAAGUCCAGAAAUGGUAUCGUGAUGAAUGGGAAGUGAACAAACUCACAAGAGGCUCUUCAGAAGAUGUCUGGAAAGUCCGCAGUUAA